CUCCUUCUCCUUCUGGGCGGGCGAGGGAAGGAGACAAAAUGGCGGCGCCCUUAGCUGAGGAACUGGAGCGCCUCCUCAACCCCCUGCCCCGCGUCCAGCAAGACCCGGAGGACGACCCGGAGGACGCCACUGCAGCCAAAGUUAUUGAGAAGUUUGACGAAGGAGUCCUUGAAGAUAGCAUCCUUUCUGUGGGACGUAUACGGAAAGGCGCCUCUGUGAAUCUCCUGGAGGUUGAUAAGCGAUACCAUGGGAAGGCAACAUCUCGCAAAGCUUUGGAAGAAGAAAUGUGGGGAGAGGCUCAGCCAUCAGGUGAAGAAAGUUCAGGUGAGGAGAUGACCGAUGAAGAAGACCUUGACAGUGAACCUCUAGAGGAGAGCCUGGAUGAUGAGAAUCCAGAAAUGGAGGAGGAGGAGGAGGAGGGAGAAGACGAAGAAGAGGAAGAUAAGGCAACUGGCCUUGAUCGUAGCCCAGAGGGAGCAAGAAAACCAUCAGAGAAGCAGAAGACACCAGCGUUCACUUUCCAGGCAGUUGAUGAUUUUGAGAAAUUUGCCGAGCAGAUGGAUGAAAUGGAUGAAAUAGGGAGCACGGAUGAAGAUGAAGAGGACGAGGGUGAAAGUUUGUUCACAGAAGAAGGCAGCGAAGGUGAAGCAGACUCGGAAGAAAAUACCCAAGAGCCAGGGGACAGAAUGAUGGAUGUGAACGAGAGCAAAGAUGAUGGGACACUGCUGACCUUUUCCAAAGAAAAAGUGGCUGAAGAAGUGGAAAAAGGAAAAGCUGUGAAAAACCAGAUAGCCCUGUGGGAUCAGCUGCUGGAAGGAAGGAUUAAACUGCAGAAGGUCCUCCUGACGGCCAACCAGCUUCCUCAGCCAGAUACUUUCUUGGAGUUUAAGAAAAGAGGAGGGCAAGAAUUUGCUGAUGCACUCAAGAACAAUUACAAAGCACUGAAGGCUUUGGUGAGGACCUUGGUAGACCUUCAGGAUGAGCUGUUGCAUCAGUACUCUGGCACAAGGCAUCUGGUAGAUGGAGAACAGGUGAAAAAGGACAGUGAUGAAGAGGUCCCUAGUGAAAGCGGCGGAGAAGAUGUAGGAGAGGGCGAGGCAAGGAAGAGGGCGAGGCGAAGGCCACCCAAAAGGAAACUGGAAAUGGAAGACUUCCCGGAGUUUGCCGCCAAGCGCUUUGCAGACUUCCGUGCGUACAGGGACAGCACAUUACAGAAGUGGCAUGACAGGACCAAGCUGGCUUCUGGCAAGCUGGGCAAGGGUUUCGGUGCCUUUGAGCGUUCAAUCUUGACUCAGAUUGAUCAUAUUCUGAUGGACAAAGAAAGAUUACUCCGGCGGACGCAUACCAAGCGGUCAGCGUACAGGGUGCUGGGGAAGCUGCAACCAGCUCCUGAGCUGCUUCCGGAAGCUUUGCCAGGGGAGACGGAGGCCCUUCCCUCAAGUAUGUCAAACGCCCACCUUAAGGACCUAGACAAGGAGAUCUUUGACGAUGACGACUUUUAUCAUCAGCUGCUGCGGGAACUUAUUGAACGAAAGACCAGCUCCUUGGACCCAAAUGACCAAGUGGCCAUGGGCAGGCAAUGGCUGGCUAUUCAGAAGUUGCGGAGCAAAAUCCGGAAGAAGGUGGACACGAAGGCCAGCAAAGGAAGGAAAAUCAGGUAUCAUGUUCACAGUAAGCUGGUGAGCUUCAUGGCACCCAUUGACCACUGCACAAUGAAUGAUGAUGCCAGGACGGAGCUUUAUCGGUCCCUCUUUGGCAAACAGACACCCCUGGAAGGAGGAGACCAUCCUUGAUGGUUUGGUAUUGUGCGUCCUGGAAUCUGGAUACAGGUGUCCGAGCAGUGGGUGGGUGUGGUGUGUCCAACCACAUUUGGCCACCCUUCUCUGAGCCUUCAAAACCAUUCCAACCCCUCUCUUCUGAUUGAUUCAGCUGGCUUUGGUCCUUCUGGAAAUUGUGAUGCAAUAACAUAUGCAC